AUGACUGUGAAUCUCUUCCCCGUUCAGAAUGAUCGAUCGAUAUCAGCCGUCGCACGAACAGUCAACGCGGCCUUCUCAUCUGAUCCCCUGAUACAAUGGCUUCGACCGAACAUGACACCAUGGGCGUAUCAAGACGCAUUGGCGCACAGAUGGCAAUAUAGGAGGGUGCAGAAUGUGAUAUCGAAAGGCAUUGCUCUUCAGUCAGCCAGCGUUGGCCAGCUAGUCCAAGAAUAUACCCGCAAGAACAAGGCGCUUGAGCCCUCAGACGGUGCUGUUGCACCCAAAAAGACAGCUCAGGUGUCCGCCUCCGAGGAUCCGAAUAUUGCAGCCAACCAGAGAGAGGCUGGUGCUGUGGUGUUCUUAUAUCCUCCAAAGGGCCAUCUUCCGUGGUCACUCUCCUCGAUGUGGUUUUCUUGGAAACUCUGGCUUUUGGCGCUAUUCAACCCGGUCAAGGACACAUCGUGCAAAGAUGAACGAGUGGAGAAGCUUAUGUCGAGACACAUGUCCGGAAAAAAGCUCCUCCAGGCACGGUACCCCACGCUAUGGUAUCUGGAAGUGAUUGCUGUACAUCCAUCACUGCAGUCACGCGGACUGGGAGGUAGCGUGAUGACGGCUAUUCUUGAGCAAGUUGCGGGAAACCCGAUUUUCCUUGAGUGCACCCGGCAGGAGAAUAUCGCCUUCUAUGAGGGGUUCGGUUUCAAAACAAUAGAGGAAGUGGACCUCACGGACACCCCGGCGCAUGCAGAAGAGGAUGGAAAACUCAAGUAUUGGGUGAUGGUACUUGAGACAGAUAGUACACAGUGA